UGGCAACGAGUUGACGAGAUAUGGCAGUUCUUGCCCACGAGUUUAUGUGAUAUGGCACUUUGUGCCCACGAGUUUAUGAAAUUUGGCACUUUGUGCCUACGAGAUUACGAGUUCAUGAGGGGGUGUGCAUAACUUGGCAUUAAAAGUAAAAUGUGCAUAACCUGUCUAACUAUGCAUGUGUUUGAGUGUUGGUACAACAUGAUUUCUUAUAAUGUGUCUAACUGAUGUUUCUAUGAGAUGCUAAACAAACCGUUUAGGUGGAUUAUGUGUUCAUGUGAUGGUUUUGGCUAUGAUCUAUCAUACAAUGAUUUAUCAUGAGAUUGUGAAGUAGUUUAAUACCUUCAUAUGUUGUGAUUAUAUGAUGAUGCCAGGGUGACAUCGUACUUGAUGUUUUACAUGUGAAUGUGAUAGGGUUUUUUAUGAGUAACUCAAGGGUAAGCGUGUAUGAGAUGAGAACUACUUGAAUUGAUUAAUUAUUCUUGAUUACCUAUUUGGGGAAAACACCAUUUAAGCAAAUAGAAUCAUUAAGUUAACUUAAGCCCUUAAUGUACAUGAUCGCUGUGCGCAACUGAUAUAUAUAUAUAUUGGGUUAAUAAUUAUUCAUUGAGUGGCAUCUCACCCCGCCAAUAUUUUUUCCCGUUCAGAGCCAAAGCAACAACUGACGUCUCGGUCAAACCAGUGAUGUCAGCCGGAUGGCUGAAAGGUGUACGGCGGAACUGAACUCUACACAUGUUUUCACUUUUGAAGUCGAACUAAAUGUUUUAAUGCUUUGAAGCUUGUGUACCCACUUAAUGUUAAACUACUAUUUCGGUUGUACUUUGUUUUAAACUCAGACUUUGCACCGUUUGGUGUUUUGCUUUUGAUGCUUUGGGAAAACUACCUUGAUUUCCUAAGCAGGUGAUGUAACCAGUAUGCUAGAGUUAUGUCCAGGUCUGAAUGUGAAGUUAAAACCUAAGUCUUAAUGAAUAUAUAAGGUGAUGAUGUUUCCAUAAGCACGAGAUGAAGUGGUAGGAUAUUACAUGUAGUAGCAGGGUGCUACAAAUUUGGUAUCAGAGCUGAGAUAUGAUCCCUCGAAAUUGAAUUGAUUUGAAUAUAGUUUUGAACGAUUUUGAAAUCGAUUUCAAGUUGAAAGUAUAGUUAAGAAUUUGGUUCUGAUUUUGCUCUCCUUGUUAUUUUCAUGUGGAGUUCAGUGAAAGAGGAAGAGUGCAUUCCCCGCCACCUCAAGUAGUAGGUUCAAAUUAGUCUCCCCCAGAAAAUCAAGCUGAGCCUCAAACUAAUAACCAACCUUGGGUAGUUCCCUACAAAAGGGAUUAUACUGAGGUGUGCAAGAUGGGUGUUGAGGCCUUUAAGGGUUCUAUAGAUCCCAAAGAGGCUGUAGAUUGGCUGAAAAAGACUGAGAAAAUUCUCAAUCAAAUUGGUUGCCCUGAUGACGUCAAGUUUGAUUAUGUUGUAGCUCUCCUCGAAAAAGAUGCUUAUGAUUGGUGGUUAACCGUACCUGGAGUUACGGAUAACACCGCUCAACUCACGUGGAACGUUUUCUCCAACUGUUCAAAGAGCGACAUGUGCUAGUCGUUUACCAAGAUCAGAAGAAGGUGGAGUUCUUAAUGAUGAAGCAAAAGGAAGACAUGACAGUGAAUGAAUAUGAGGCGACCUUUCAUCCUUGGAUGACUUUUGCCAUGGAUAUGGUCGCAACUAAAAAUAUAAGUGCCUUCGAUUUGAUAGGGGGUUGCGAAAAGAGUUAAGGGAACUUGUAGCCAUGUCGGGUACAGAGGGUUAUGGUAGACUGAAGGCAGCUGCAGUAUGAUCUGAAUUGAUUUUAAAUGAGAACAAGCCCCCGUACUCAAAGUUACGGGAUUGAAGAUAGGAAAAGGAAGUGGAAGGGAUCAUCGUCAGUAGGUUAAAGUCGAGCUUCUAGUCGGGGUCUUAGAAAAAAAGAACUUUAAUCAACAUCCUCGAGUAAGUUUCCCUAGGGACCUACUAACCAAACCCAGAUGAGUGCACCUCCACCACCUGAAUGUCAACAUUGUGGAAGGAUGCAUCGGGGAGAAUGUCGGAUCAUGACGGGUGCUUGUUUUAAAUGUGGUGGUUUUGGGCAUCACAUUAAAGACAAUCCAACUUGGGAAGAUCUGGUGCCUGUUAGGUCCCAAACCACUAUGCAGGGAUCCCGAGUGGCCAAUAACUUCUCAAGGGGAAAUCUUAGAGGUGGAGAUAGCAGGGGAUGAGGACGUGGUUCUGAGGUCAGAGGGCAUGCAGUUGGUCAAACAGGCAGAGCUGACAUACAACCAUGUGCAUUUUCUAUGACAAGAACAGAGGCGAAUGCAACUCCAUAAGUGAUUACCAAUAUGGUUCUCAUCCAUGAUAAACGCGUUUAUCCCUCAAUUGAUCCUGGUUAUACUCACUCGUUCAUGUCUCGUCAAUUUUCACAACAUAUGCAUGCUCGACUUGAAUUAUUGCCUAGCAAAAUAUUUGUGGAAACCCCCGUUGGUGAUACUAUUGUGAUCAAUUAUGUCUAUGUUGAUUUUGAUUGGGAAUGGAUUGGUUGAGUCGACAUAAGGCUGUAGUGAAUUGUCACACAAAAGAAGUGGUAUUUGAGAUACUCGAGCAAGGAAGUGUUGUCUUUAGUGGAAUUAGGCAAGCAAUACCUAGUUUCCUAAUAUAUGCUUCCAAGGUGUUGAGCUUGAUUAAGGAGGGGUGUGUGACCUUCCUUGUCCAUGUAGUAGAAUUUAAAGAAGAGAAAAAAAUCCAGAAGAUGUAGAAGUAGUGAAUGAGUUCCUGGAUGUGUUUCCAUCUGACCUGCCAGGACUACCUCAUGAUCGGAAGGUAGAAUUCACUAUCGAAUUGUUACCGGGCACCACACUUAUUUCUAUACCACCGUAUAGGAUGGCGCCUGCGGAGUUGAAGGAGUUGAAAGAGCAACUACAAGAGUUGCUAGAUAAGGGAUUCACAAAGCCAAGUGUGUCACCGUAGGGUGCUGUCGUACUCUUUGUGAAGAAGGAUGAAACCCUCUGGUUAUGCAUCGAUUACCGAAGGAUAAACAAGGUGACUGUGAAGAAUAAAUAUCCCUUUCCCAUUAUUGAUGAUUUAUUCGACCAACUGAUAGGGUCAAAAGUCUUCUCCAAAAUUGACCUAAGGUCAGGAUAUCAUCAAUUAAAGGUGGCAGAGGAAGCCAUACCUAAAAUAGCUUUCCGUACGAGGUAUGGACAUUAUGAAUUCCUUGUUAUGCCAUUUGGAGUAGGCUGGCUAUUUGGUCCAGACUGUUUGGUUUUACCCAAAAUCGGACCGUAUAACCCGGACCGGGACCGAACUGGGACCGGAUAGCAAACAAUCCAAUCUCAUAUUCGGGCUUAGAUUUGAGGUAAAAAACCGGAUAAAGACCGGAUAAGAGA